GCAGCUAACCCGGGUCGGGGAAGGGACAGCGACUGCCCACUGAGGUCGUCAUGGCGACAGCCGAACGUUCUUUCUCUCGGGCAGGCCCCGAGUGUAGAGGGAUUUCAUGAGGUGCAGCUCAAUCUCCAGAGCCUGUUGCAAGAAGAAUAUGAGGAACAGUAUUCGGAGGCCAGACUUCUGGGGCAGACCUUCCGCUCUUCCGAUGAGGCCCCUGAGCCUACUCCCAGCCCAAGGCCCCAGUCUGCCAAGCUGCCUGAGUUUGUAUUGAUGAUGCCUGCAAAAUGGCACCUGAGAGAAGAUGAGACCACGACCCAGGGUGUGAGGGCCUCCGAGGCCUGCCUGAGCCUGUAUUCUGCCGACAAGCAAAUUGCCUGGAAUCGCCCCUUCCCUCUACCCAUCCUAAAGGAGAAGCGCUGGCUUCAGCCCUGCUCCAUACAGUCUGACCUUGUGCCAAUCAACACCUCCGGGCAGCAGUUUGAUAGACAUGCAAGUUUUCGACACUCGUUGUUUAACACAGAGACAGCCGUGAACCCCAAGUCCACCCUGAGGCGGAGGCGGACCAUUAUUGGAUUCUCUAACUUUUCUCAGCGAGACCAAGGUCACAGCAGCAGCCCCACAGGCAGCCUGGCCCACUCUGCUACGUCAGACAUCAGGCCUGGCCACUCAGCUCCACAAGUUGUUCAGGGAAGAGUUGCUGUUGGGCAAGAAGCUCGGUUCCCAAGUCUCACCUCGCCGGGACUGAGACACUCUUCUAGUGAGCCUGGAGAUACUCACCAGGCACGCAGUGGCCCAGACCCUCCCAGCAUGGAGAGCAUGGCAGUGGUGUACAGUGUCCCCAGUUCUUGCAAUGGACCAACAGAGUCAACGUUCUCCGCUUCCUGGAAGGGAGAUGCUUUCACAUACAUGACCCCAAGUGCCAGCAACCAAGGCAAUCAAGUCAGUGAAAAUGGAAAAAACCCUUCCUCGGGGAAUUCUUGGGUCCCUCUGAACACACUCCCACCUCUGGUCCCUAAGGAAGCGGCCACUCUCUUUGUCACCCGUGAUAAUCCAGCAGGAUGCCCUGGGCUACCCAGCUAUUCUGAGCAUCCCACUCUACGAAGACAGAUACCAGAAAGACCUCCCAAGAUUGGCCUUCUUCCCCGUGGUGCCUCAAGGCUGGAAACAGGCCCAGGUGGGACCAACAGGUUCCGGGAGCGGUCACUGUCUGUACCCACAGACUCGGGUGUUACCUCAGUGGACUAUGACGAAGAACAGAAGGUCAAUGAGGCCCGCAUCCUGCCUUAUGCCAGUACAAGCUCCGAGGGCAGUAACAGUACUGACAACAUUGCGGCCCUCAGCACUGAGCAGGAGGCACGGCACAGAAGACAAAGAUCCAAAAGUAUUUCACUCAAGAAGGCCAAAAAGAAGCCCUCUCCACCCAUGCGAAGUGUCUCACUCGUCAAAGAUGAGCCAACCGUCCCACCACAAGGCGAACUGGUACUGCCCAAGGACCAGAGGCCCAGGAGCCUUUGCCUCUCCUUGGAACACCAAGGGCACCACCCACCUCACCCAGAUGCUCAAGGUCACCCAGCUGUGCCAACGUUCAAAGAUCCAGAAGGUACGCAGUUCUCUCACCACUGGUAUCUUACUGACUGGAAGUCUGGUGACACCUACCAAUCCUUGUCCAGCUCCAGCACUGCCACCGGCACCACAGUCAUUGAGUGCACUCAAGUUCAGGGAAGCUCAGAGUCUCUGGCCUCCCCUUCCACCUCCAGAGCGACAACACCCUCCCAGCUCUCCAUUGAGGUGGAAGCCAGGGAAGUAGCCUCCCCUGGGAGGCCCACUGGACUGAUGUCUCCUUCCAGUGGUUACUCCAGCCAGUCAGAGACACCCACACCCACUGUCUCCAUGUCCUUGACCCUGGGCCACUUACCUCCUCCAAGCACUAGCGUCCGAGUUCGUCCAGUGGUACCAGAAAGGAAGUCAUCACUGCCCCCAACAUCACCAAUGGAGAAAAUCUGCAAGUCACGGUUAUCAUUUGACCUACCAUUGACCUCUUCAACCACCCUGGAUCUGUCGGGGAUGAGUAUCUCCAUCCGAAGUAAAACCAAGGUGAGCCGCUAUCACUCUGACACCAAUUUUGGAGCCAAACUAGUACAAAAAACUAGUCCAAACCAACCGAUCAUGCCCAUGGUUACUCAGUCUGACCUCCGUUCUGUUCGCCUGAGGUCAGUCAGCAAGUCUGAGCCGGAAGAUGACGUUGAGAGCCUAGAUUAUACAGAGGAACCUGGAGCAGAAGAAGUCUUCACCUUGCCAGAGAGAAAAGUGAAACCUCCCAUAGCCGAGAAACCUCCACUGGCCCGAAGGCCUCCAAGUUUGGUCCACAGGCCGUCCUCUCUCCCUGGGGAGUACCCACUAACUUCUCCUACUAUGGCCAUGACACCCAGGAGCUCUAUUCCACACAUGAAGCAGCUCCCCCAAGACAGCUACACAGUGUUGCGGAAACCAAAGUCACCCAGCUUCCUGUCGGGAGGAGCCCCUGGGAAUCAACAGCGGUUUUCCAGCCUCACCUUCACCCUUGCCAGUUCCCUGGUGCUUUCAGGAACACAGCAAUCUCCCCAGGCUGCAGAAGACGGACCCCAAGGUGAGAGAGCCUGCCUGAAAGAAUCAGCCCAGAGCCAGGAAGAAGCUGAGAAAAAGAUAACCAAGAUUCCACCUCCGGUACCAAAAAAGCCCAGUGUGCUCUACCUGCCUCUCACCUCCCCUGUAGCUCAAAUGGAUGCCUGCAUGGCAGAACCAAGGCUGUCUUUCAGCCCUAUCAUCACCCCUGGAGGAAAGAUGCCAAGGAGGUCUGUGGAACCGAGUGCCGAAGAGAAAAGUUUAAUCAGUGAUAAAACAGCCGAGUGGAUUGCGGAGGACGAUGAUGACGUGUUCGUAGCUUCUCGAACAACUGAAGAUUUAUUUACUGUGAUACACAGGUCCAAAAGAAAGCUAUUGGGCUGGAAAGAGACUGGUGAGGGCUUCACAGGAAGCAGACCCAGCUCCCAUUCACCAGUGAAGAAUACAGCUGAGUCUCCCACCGGUGAGUCUGCUGCUGCCCCGGGGCCAAGUGGCAGUGCCUGCCUAGAUGCCGGUAGAAAUGAUGAUUUCAAGGCCUUGCUCCAGAAGAAGGGAAGUAAGGCAACUCCCAGGACCCGCCCGUCAGCGGCCGAGCUGCUGAAGUCCACUAACCCUCUGGCUCGAAGAAUCAUUGCACAGUUCUCAAAAGACUACGAACCCACUGACAACCCCAGUACCUAAGCCCUGCUUCGUGCUUACGAGACCUGAGUAGAGAAGGAGGAAGACAGAGGGCUUUAGAAAGGAACCAACCACAGGAAUGACAAAAGAAUCAUUGUCUUUGACGUUAACUCACACUCUGGACAGCAGAGAGGACAACACAAUGGAGCUCACCGGGCAUUCGGAAGGGCUUCAGACCGUCAGCAUUACCAUUCUUUCAUUCUUGCCAUGACUGAACAGUGGAGUCCUACUCCUUGUCUCCCGGCACUGUGCUCUAAGAGAGCCUCGGAUCAGAGUCUGCAUACCACCUUUUCAGCGUCCUAGCUUCUUUGUCCAUUGGCUCCUGUCACUGAGGGGCACAGUAGGGAGAACAGAUUAGGGACUUCCAAACCAGGCCUGGGGACAGAGGGUACAGUUCCACUGCUGAUUAUCUACCCUCUUGAAGAGGCCUUGAUGGCCCUAUGUGAAGACACAGAAAGACACGGAGGCCUCCUCAACCACAGUGUGACCUUCCUCCAGAGAGAGUUCUGCAGGCGUGCACUAAUUACGGCAUGGGGUUGAUUGGAUGGCUUUUGUGGUGCAAAAUAUGAAUGUGACUCUUCAAAACUUCA